AUGAACGGCGACGACAGCUCUGCAAAGAAACCCGGUGAUGAAGAGCAAAUAUCGGAGAGUAAACGCAAGGCCUUUGAUGAUAUUGCCCAAUACUUCUCUAAGAACGAGUGGGAAAAGCUGCAGUACUCGCAGAAAAUCACCUAUGUGUACAUGAAGAGGAACUAUGAGGCCAUGAGUAGACUAGGUUUCCAGGUCACCGUCCCACUUUUCAUGCGUAAUAAACAGGCCAAAGACAUCCAGGAGGAUGAUUCUGAUAGAGACUCUAACCCCGGGAAUCUGGUUAAACGUCAUACACUGACUCUCAGCAUGUUCCAGGGACUCUUCUCGCAGAUCAUGCCCAGGGACCCACCAAAGGAAGAAGAAAAUCAUUCGGAGGCAGUGCCAGCAACAUCUGGCGCCCAAAAUGAUGUGAAACUGCUGUGCUACCCACAGUGCACCCCGAUGUACUCUGCAAAGCCAAGUACCCCUGAGAAGAUUAACAAGAUAACUGCACCCAAAAGGGCAAAACAUGCCUGGAGCCAUAGACUGCGUGAGAGAAAGAAUCUGGUGACCUAUGAAGAGAUCAGCGACCCUGAGGAAGAUGACGAAUAACUCUCCUCAGGGAUAUGACACAUGCCCAUGAUGAGAAGCAGAACUUGGUGACCUUUCAUGAACAUGGGCAUGGCUGCGAACACCUCGUCAUCAGGUGUAUAGCAAGUG